UAGGACCAGGGGCCGGGCGCCCGCCCGCCCGCCGGGCCCGCAGCGUCUUGGCCGAGCGCAGAGCGAUGUUUGAAAGCAAAUUAGGCUGCUCCGGCUUCACAUCUGUGGAUCCGACCUGACCUGAAGGGUCCAAAGGAGGACGGGGAUCAGCUCUGCCGGACCGACACCUCCCGGCUCCCCGCAGACACCCCACAGCAACCUGACCCUUCAUGCAAGCGGCGAGGGGGCUGGGAGCGAAACACGUGGGACUCGCCCCCUGAGCUGAAAGGAAUUAUUCUUUUUCCCAGAGAGGAAAAGGGUACCAGGGUUCAGUCUGAAGAACCCCCCCCCCCUCCCGCCUCGGCCCCCCCGUGGAUGGGCUUUCGGAAGGCAAUUAAAGACAUCCGCUCAGAGAGGACCUGGGCUGGGACCUGGGUCCGUAGCUUUCUGAGUGGCAGCCGGUCUUACACACGCUGCUGGCAAGUGUCAGCUGCGGGGGGGAAAGGACCAGGUUAAGUGAGCUGGCAAAAAUAGAAAAAGAAAAAAAAAAAAAAAAAACGCUUCCAAGUGGACCCAGGAAGCCAGGUUGUGCUGCCAGCGUGGAGGACCCCGGAGCGGGAGGAGACGGUGAAGUGGAACAUGACCUGUUGCGUUUGGCAGCUCCCCGCAGCAUGCUCGUAAGGAAGCGGCGCAGACACGGACCCUGCGGGCGGCAGGCGCUGCUCGCCCUCCUGGUGCUGGGGUGCGUGCUGCUGAUGCUGGGGGCCCUGCACCCGCCCCCGCACGCCCUGCCCCGGGCGCCCCCAGUCCCCCAGGCGGCCGUGCGCAGCCCCCAGGCCGCCUACCGCCUGGACUUUGGGGACCCCCAGGAGUGGCUACUGGAGUCCGAGGAGGAGGACCAGGAGUACGGCCCCCUGCCGCCCCUCGUCUCCCUGCGGGAGGACCAGCUCCUGGUGGCCGUGGCCUCGCUCAGGGCCGGAAGGAACCGGAGCCGGGGCGGGCGAGGCGGCGGCUACCGGCUCAUCCAGCGGCCGCACAAGCAGCAGGACGCGGCGGCCCCGGAGAGGGACUGGGCGGCCGAGGAGGAGGAUGGGGAGGACGAGGCGGCGUCCGAAGAGGGGGAGCGGACCGCGCUCAGCCGGGAGGAGGCGCCCAGUGCCCGCAGCCCCGCGCAUAGAGGGGGCUCGCGGCAUCCGCUGUGCCUGCAGCAGCCGCCGCCCACGGACAGCCUGCCCACCGCCAGCGUCGUCCUCUGCUUCCACGACGAGGCCUGGUCCACCCUUCUGAGGACCGUGCACAGCAUCCUGGACACGGCGCCCAAGGCCUUUCUGAAGGAGAUCGUCCUGGUGGACGACCUCAGCCAGCAAGGACAACUCAAGAUGGCUCUCAGCGAGCACGUGGCCCGGUUGGAGGGGGUGAAGUUGCUCAGGAGCAACAGGAGACUGGGUGCCAGCAGGGCCCGGAUGCUGGGGGCUGCCAGGGCCACCGGGGACGUGCUGGUCUUCAUGGACACCCACUGCGAGUGCCAGCCGGGCUGGCUGGAGCCCCUUCUGGCCAGAAUAGCUGGUGACAGGAGCAGGGUGGUGUCUCCCGUCCUGGAUGUGAUUGACGGGAAGACUUUGCAGUAUUACCCCUCUGAGGACCAGCAGCGAGGAGUGUUGGACUGGAAGCUGGAUUUCCACUGGGAGCCUUUGCCGGAGCGCGAGAGAAGGGCCCUCACUUCUCCUGUCAGUCCCAUCAGGAGCCCCGUGGUGCCUGGCGGGGUGGUGGCCAUGGACCGACAUUACUUCCAAAACACCGGAGCGUACGACCCUCUCCUGUCACUGCAGGGAGGCGAAAACCUCGAGCUGUCUCUCAAGACUUGGCUCUGUGGGGGCUCCGUGGAAAUCCUUCCCUGUUCCCGCGUGGGGCACCUCUACCGAAAUGAAGAUGCCCACUCCCAGCGUGAGCGGGAGGCCACCCUGCAGAACAAGGUCCGCAUCGCUGAGACCUGGCUGGGCUCCUUCAAAGAAACUUUCUACAGGCACAGUCCAGAGGCCUUGUCCCUGAGCAAGGCUGGGAAGCCGGACUGCAUGGAGCGUCAGCAGCUGCAGAGGAGGCUGGGCUGCCGGACCUUCCACUGGUUUCUGGCCAACGUCUACCCCGAGCUGUACCCACUGGAACGCAGGCCCAGGUUCUCCGGAAAGCUCCACAACACGGGACUGGGCUUCUGCGCCGACUGCGCGGCGGAAGGGGCCGCUCCGGGCUGCGCCGUGGUGCUGGCCCCUUGCAGCGACGCCCAGCAGCAGCAGCGCCUGGAGCACAUGGGCCGGCACGCCAUCCGCUACGGCGGCCCACGGCACCUGUGCUUUGACGUCAGGGGAGAGCAGGUGAUUCUCCAGAACUGCACUGAGGGGGCCCCUGCCGUUCACCAGCAGCACUGGGACCAUCAGGAGAAUGGAAUGAUUGUUCACAUUCUCUCUGGGAAAUGCUUGGAAGCUGUGGCGCAGGAAAACAAUAAAGAUCUGUACUUGCGUGAGUGUGAUGGAAAAGCCAGCCAGCUGUGGCGAUUUGACAACGUCAGCACCGUGGAUGAACGGUGAACGCCACCCUCAGAAGGAACACAGAAGCGUGGCCAUCGCAGUUCAACUCCAGGGAACUGCAGCAGCAUGUGCCUUUUAUGAAGCAGGCCCUUUACGUGUGUGCAGUGGCAAAAACAGAGAUGCAAGCUCCAUGAAUGAAUACGGAACGUCUUUUCUUCCUGCCCUUUAUUUCACAGCCCACUGUCUGUUUUAGACAAAAAAUAUGGACCCAUUGUCUCACUGUCUUCAUCACUGGUAGAUGAUCAUAGCAUGGUACAGAAGAUUCUUGUUUUUUUUUUCCCCCCUACUGAGCAGUAUACCAUUUCUUUUAUCUCUGAUUAAGGAAAGAAGGGUCUUCUCUGGUGGCUCAGCAGUAAAGGAUCCACCUGCCAAUGCAGGAGAAGUGGGUUCUGUCCCUGGGUUGGGAUGAUCCCCUGGAGAAGGAAAUAGCAACCCACUCCAGUAUUCUUGCCUGGAAAAUUCCAUGGACAGGGGAGCCUGGCAGGCUGUAGUCCAUGGGGUCAUAAAGAGUUGGACACAACUCAGCAACUAAACACCAACAACAAAGGAAAGAGGCCUGACAACAUCUUCAGGAUACAUAAUUCCUACUGAUCAAUUUAUUCUAGACUGCCUUUCCUUGGACUGUCUGUAUUGACAACCAUAAAAUUAAAGUGUGAAGAAGGUGCAAAGUUCUGACAUCCAAAAACUUUAGAAUAAGCUUAUGAGACAAAUUUCACGUUCAUUGGUUGAACCAUAGCUCAGAUGAAGGAAGUAAGCUACUCAGAGAAAAUAGUAUUACAGAGACUUUUGCCCAAUUUUCAGCUCAGCCUAGCAACUGCAAAGAGUCAGUAGACCUGGAAUAAGAUGUUUUCAUGUUCAUGAGAAUUUUCUUGGGACUUUCUACCUCCAUUCACCCUUGCCCUCACUAUUCUCUAGCUAGAUUAACGAUAAUCAGAUUCUCAUGUAAUACGCUUCUCUAUAGUCAUUGGUGUUGGGUCAGCUUAAACUGAAUGCUCCCACUAAAAGGAAGUGUGUACAAUUGAGAAACUCCUGAUGUCCUGUUACCAGGCUUGCGUUGAUGGGAUCAGAACAAGCAACUUUUGCAAAGAGGCAAAUCUCCCUGGGAGGGAAAUGCCAGCAUCUGAGUCAAAAUUCCUUUGAGAGGAACUAGAGUGGGGUGUUGAUGUCCAUGAGGUUGAAAGGGCUGGGUCUGAGCCCCCAGGAAAUGUCUGGUUAUCCCCAAAGGGGCCCACAUCUGAACAUUCAGCCACAGGAAGAACACAUCUUCAUCAGGGCAGAGUCCAUGCUGGUGAAAGCCAGAUGGCUCUGUUGCUGUGACUUGGCCCAUCUAGAUGGGACUUAAGGGUUGUUGAGUGGGGUUGGUUCUGCGAUUAAGAAGAGGUGGUGCCCAUUUCUCUUCCAGAUGGAGUUCCCUCUUCACACGGUCAGCUUAUAAAUCUCCCCUCAAAGAUGCUGAUCUCCUCUGGGCUGUCUCAGGAUACAGUGUGUUUCAGAUAACAAACACUGAGGGUUUCCAAAAAAUAUCCCUCAUAACUAUGCAUCUCUUCUCUACCUGUUGAAGUUAACGGCACACUGUAUUUUUCCUUCCUCAGAAUACACUCUAGACCUGGGCAAAGAGCCACUGGCCACAUGUGGCUAUCUAAACAUAAAUUCAUUAAAAUUAAAGAAAAUUUAGGCUCUGUUUCUCAGUGGUACUGGCCACAUUUCAAGUACUCAAGAGCCACUGUGUUGGACAGCAUAGAUAAUAGCACCUUCCAUCAUGAAAACACGCCUAUUGGAUAGCACUGAUCUAGACAGAUUCAUCAUCCCAUGGAAAGAAGAGAUUCAGCCACCAUCUUCUUCUUUCAGACUUGUUUAUGUUCAACACAAAUUCUCCUAAUAUCCUGAGGCUGAGACAGAGCUAAAAAUUCUCAGAUGACAACCUUGGGAAGAGUGUUAAUAGUUAAAAAAAUAAAAGCUAAACUAGACUUCUGUUUUACCAAUGAACAUUGGUAUUGGCAUUGUUUGGUAUUUAAAGUUGCUGGAAUAAAUUAAUAUAAUUAAAUGAAAGGCUGAAUUGAAUCGUAUAA